AUGUCGCAAGGUCACCACAGCUCCGAGAUCGCCAACGAUGCUGACACCGAGCUCGUGCUGUCGCUCAUCAAUGAGCCUACGUCAACGGGGAACCUCUUCAUGCCUGGUGCCAGCGCUGCGAGCGCAGCUGUACUCGUCGAGAAUCUGAAGCAUAAUUACCUCCACAACAAUAUAUUCUUCAAGGGAGUUCUUUUCCACAACCAUUCCAUGGACCAUACUCUUGCAGUGUACGCACUGGGAGGUUCUCCUGAAGCCGUUGCGGAGGUUUACAAGUCGCACAACUAUAAUGAGCCCAUCCUUCCCAGUCCGGAGCCUAUCACGGACGCCAACGUUCUUGAGCACCUGGGUGAUGCGAAAUUCUACAAUGCCUAUGUGAUCUACUUCUGCAAAGCCCUCAAAGCCGCAUCAUCGACUGCCGAUCUACUCGACCGAUUCCUCUUCUCUCCCGCAUACAAUUACAACGCAAACCUCCCUGCCGGAGCCCAGCAGCCGCUCAUGGUCGACCGUUUCCUAGCCGCCAUAUUUCACCCUCUCAUUCACCUCGGCUACGGCGUCGAGUUUGGCAUACAGCAACAGAUCGCUGAAGGCCUAGCGCACGCCGCCGUCCAUCCGACGUACGAAGCUGAUGCGUUCUCGCCGGACCUAUUCACUUCGGCGGACCCAUACGCGCGCGGCCUCUCAGGCACAGUUAACUCGACGUCCAAGGAGCGCCCAUCGUAUCUCUCCCUGCUCUUCGACGUGCUCUCCGACCAGCGUCUGGGUCCUGAGGGGCUCGACCUUCCGUUCGAGGAGAAGCCGGGUGAACAAACCUUCCUCGCUCUAACGAAGGCAGGCGGCCCCAAGAUGGUCAGCGAGCUGGUCAACAAAUGGUACGACUCCUGGACGGUGGGCAUGAGCGACGAUGAACUGGAGGACCGCAUUGAAGGCAUGGUCGAGGACGCUGUUCUGACCGUGUCUGUCGUCUAUGGGGUAGGCGGAUACGCCGCAAAGGGCGACCGCGUUCUCAACGCGGACUUCGGCGCCGCUCACUUCGUGACUAGUGCCAAUUUCAUCCUAAGCCUGUGUCUGCGACAGGAACGUACGCGCGUGCAGGCUCUACAACCCCCACUUCCGCUUGCCUCGCGCCUGCUCCUGCUCCGAAGCUACCUGACAGUGAUCAUGGUAUGGUCGAUUGGACGCCCGCUACCGACUAUGGACGCCUUCACCGCCUCCAUCCCGAAAUUGUAUGCCGAUACGGAGGCGUUGCUGACACCCGCUCCGCCAAAGCAUGCCUAUGCCCUUGGAGAGACGCCGACGCGUGACUUCUGGAGCUCCGACUGGCAGCGCACGAUGCCCGUUGGCGCGCGUGUCUGGCCCAAGCUCUUCGCGAGCGCGACCUCGCACCCCAACGAGCAUCUCCCUAAGCUCAUACGGUCUCUUGGUGUCGCCGACGCCCUAUACGGUCGUCGCGGCGCGGGCGCAUACGCGGGCGCGCUGAAAGGCACCGAGGUCUUGGACGGCACGUUCUUCCUCCGAGUAGCAAUCUUGACUUCGGAGAGGCUGGGGUGGGCGAUGGAUGAUACGCCGAAGCCGCAGUGGGAUAGGGACGGAUACUGGUUGGCUGCUGCGGGUAGAGAGACUCGCCCGAAGGUUGAGAAGACUACUCAGUGGUAG